UGUUUUUAUUUUAAAUGAAUUAGUAUUAAUAACGGAAGUAAAACGUCCAAAAUGUCUUGGCGCAUGUGAAUGUCAUGAUGAGAAAUGUAAAGAAAAUCGUGAAGAAUUAAAGCAAUUUCGUCAAAACUUUGCUCAAAUAGUGAUGAAAACGGUGAAAAGUGCCCCGAAAAGUAUGGAUAAAUUAGAAUUAAAUUUCCAAUAUGCUGCUCAACCUGGGCGAUGUAACACUCGUCAAACACGACUUGAAAAACCACCUUGUUAUACCGUGGCUAACGUGGAAUAUGUCGAACAGUGGAAUGGAAUUAAAACAGUUGAAAAAACAUUUUUAAAGCACAUAAGUCAAACCUUAACUUAUGUGAAGAAUGUUAAUUUCGGGAUCUUAACAUGUUUUGACAAAAGUUAUGUGAGUGUUCGUUGGUCAGAUAAUUAUUUUGUCUCUGAUGAAAUUGAUCUAAAAUUAUUUCCACAAUUAUAUCUAACAAUUUUAUUUACCUAUUUGAAAAAACGUUCAAGGACAACAUCAAAAACAAAAUUAUUAAUUCCAUUGCACGUUUCUGAUAAUGAUAAUCUUUCAAAUCAAGAUUCUGACAAUCAACAUGUUGAUGGUGGUUAUAUCAAUGAUGUUACCAAUUCGUUCGUGCCAUUAUUUUCAUGUGCAUCGUUAAAUGAAAAAAUAAAUCGUUUAGAAACAGCACCAAAAUGGUUUGAUUUAUUUCAUACAAUUGAUCUAUACUCAAUCGAGCAAUAUCAUUCACAAACAGGCGACAUUGUUAUAUUAGAUUUAAGUACAUGUAAAAAUGAGCGUUUAUUAGAUUUAAUUAAAUCAUCAUCAUCAAAUAAAAAACAACAACUUGUAAUUAAAAUUGCUGACAAAAAAAUGAAAAAUGAAUAUUAUCAAUUAUUGAAUGAAUUGACAAUUUAUAAUUAUUUCAUUACAAUAAAAUCAAAUUUAAUUGAGUUAAAUAUGGUAUUGAAACCAAUUUUUAUUGGAGUUUAUUCACAAUUAUUAUAUUUGGUAUUGCCAUAUGGGGGGCAAACAAUCAAUGACUUUAUAUUUAACAAAACAUUAUCAGUAAUAAAUUACACUAAAGAUGAAUUAUUGAUGAUUAUGCAACAAUUGUAUAGGCAAACAAAAACAUUAUUGAAAACAGUUCAUCAAAAUGGUAUAAAUCACAAUGAUUUAAGACCACAAAAUAUAUUAGUAAAUGAAACAAAUGAUAAGAAGUUGAUCGUUACAUUGAUUGAUUUCGCUCAUUCAUCCGUUAUGAAUUAUUCGUUUGAUCAAGAAGAAAUUAAUUGGCAAGAAAACCAGUUAUUAAACGAAAUAUUUUUGAAAUUACAAAAAAAAAUAUUCGUGUAG